AUGGAAAGUUGUUCUACAUGUUUACUUGGAAAAAAAGGCUAUAUUUUUAAAAGAGGGAGUUACCAAAAUUAUAUUCUUUCCAAGCCUUUUACUAUAUAUUUCCUCUCAUUGUUUAUUUUCUUUCUUCAAGAUAAAUUGAAACCCCAAAAUAAUAUAACUUCGGAAUUCCAAUUAAAGUGUAACAUUUCAAGAAGAUUAGCUGAAUCAGAAGGAAAUAUAAAUGAUCAAAAUUUGGGUGAAACUAUAAGCCAUUUAGAACUUAUGUCAAUUUGGAAUAAUGAUGAAGUAUUUGAAGAACGUAAAUUAAAUGACACACUUAUGAAUUUACUUGAGCAUCUGCAUAAAGAAGCACCAACCUAUAAUAUAGAUGAACAUGGGAAAAAUGAAUUAUGGUCAAGUAUUUUAAGGGAUGUUAAUAAAUGCGUUGCUAUUCUCAAGCAUAACAUUAGUACGAGAUUAAACGAUUUGGUUAUAAGUGGAUCAUGCACACGUGAAGAAAGUAAAAAGUUUUUAGAUUUUGCAGCUCAUUUAUGGGGUAAUUUAAGAUAUACGACAGAAAGAGAAUUUUGGAAUAGACUUAAUCGUUCACGUCGCAGUAAUUCUGGUUUAUUUUCCUGA